AUGGCCAGGUGGAGUGCGAGGGGCUUCCCCGAAGCCCAGUGCUACGGCCUCGCCAUGCACAACGUGACGGGGGUGCAUGCACGGGCCAUGGAAGGCUACCUGGUCUGGCUGCAGAGCCGCCGGGAGCCAGACCGUGAUCGGGAGGGCCGGGACAAGCUGGAGACUCUGCUCGGCGAGGCCACCGAGCGCCACCCCUGGGAGCUUUGGAUCGAGGUGCUGCUCCUUCGUUUGCUGGAGUCCUUGUCGGAGCAAGGUCUCCAUGCGCCCGAGUACAUCGCGGCACUUUACCACCAAGUUCGAUGGGGCGAGAUCGACGAGGUGCGCCUGCCUCUAGAGUCCAGUUUCCUCCUGAAGUAUGACGACAUCCUCCGUGGGGUGGAGGCCAUCCGAAAGAAUGGAGACCCCUUCCGCGGAGGAAUCAACUUCGACGAUGUGAACGAGCUGGGUCUCGAGGGUCGCCUCGACCCAAUGUCGAAGACCUACCGCGAGGCAUCUUCGAUGUGGGUUGUUCUGGACUUGCUGUCGAACUUCCAGCCUGUCCUGAUCGUGAAAGCUUGGAUCUUUGUUCUGGCCUGGUAUUGCUACCUGUCAGAGGACCCGCGCAAUGGCCACAUCUGGUAUCCCACCUUUAAGCGUGCGAACGCGUUGCAGUUUAUCGCCAUGUUCGACUGUACUGUGGCUGCGACCCUGGAAGUGCUCAACCUCUUCCACGGCCUGGGACAGAGGCCAAUCAGCGCCUUCUGCAGUGCAUGCGUCGGCAAAGGCGCGCGUGCGGGGCACUCUCUCUGGCUGAUGCGGAGACUAUUCAUGCUCGUGGUGACGACCGGCGGUGCAGUCACCAUUUGGACAUUCAGGUACAUUGAGGACAUUGACCUCAACAAGACGACCGAGGAUAUCACGGCGCUCAAGGACGGCUACUCCGAGGACCAGCGCAAGGCUCUGAUGGCCGCCGCCUGUGUCAUCCUCGUGCGAGUCCUGGCCUUCUCGCUGGUGACAAG